AUCUUUAUCAGUGUUGAAAUGAGAUUCAUAACUGCCAGGUAGGCGGAGAGGCUGAGUGGGUUAGGCUACAUUGUGUGUCCACAAUCUUAAUAUAAACCUGUUGGUCGGUAUCAGGUGUGCAUACACGAAGGCUACGUGGACCCACAGCUAUGGCAGCCAGAGACUAUAAAGCCAGCUCCCCAGGGCCGGAUCUGUCUGAUAAGCAGCUCCGGGAUGUUGCAAAAACUCUGGGACAGGAGUGGGAGCAGGCGGCCCUCCACCUGGGGCUGAAGAAGGAAGAUCUGGACGAGAUCAAGAAAGAAAAGAGAGAAUUCAUGCAGAGACGGAACAUGUUGCGGCUGUGGAAGGACCGAAGACCAGGAAAGGCCACAGCUCAGGACCUGCUGAGAGGUCUGGAAGACAUGAAGGACCUACCUGACGAGACUUGUCGGUUAUUGGAAGCCAGAGACUAUGAAGCCAGCUCCCCAGGGCCGGAUCUGUCUGAUAAGCAGCUCCGGGAUGUUGCAAAUACUCUGGGACAGGAGUGGGAGCAGGUGGGCCUCCACCUGGGGCUGAAGAACGAAGAUCUGGACGAGUUCAAGAACGUAAAGAAAGUUGAGUACAUGCAGAGACGGAACAUGUUGCGGCUGUGGAAGGACCAAAGACCAGGAAAGGCCACAGUACAGGACCUGCUGAGAGGUCUGGAAGACAUGAAGGACCUACCUGACGAGACUCGUCGGUUAUUGGAAGCCAGAGACUAUAAAGCCAGCUCCCCAGGGCCGUAUCUGUCUGAUAAGCAGCUCCAGGAUGUUGCAAAAACUCUGGGACAGGAGUGGGAGCAGGCGGCCCUCCACCUGGGGCUGAAGAACGAAGAUCUGGAUGAGAUCAAGAAAGAAAAGAAAGACGAGUACAUGCAGAGACGGAACAUGUUGCGGCUGUGGAAGGACCGAAGACCAGGAAAGGCCACAGCACAGGACCUGCUGAGAGGUCUGGAAGACAUGAAGGACCUACCUGACGAGACUCGACGGUUAUUGGAAGAUUUACUAUCAAAAGUGGAAAGGUGUCAUAUAGGGACGAGUCUCACAGAAGACACAGCAAGCAUGUCUUUGAUGGACAGGUAUGAAGAGGAGGACGGCUCUGAUUCUGACGCCAGUGCUGAGAUUGAUGAAGAUGAUGAAGAGGAUGAAGAGGAGAUGCACUUCAAGUCACAUUGUGAAAAAUGUAAAGCAUCUCAGCAGAGUCCUGAGUAUGAGAAGGUUACCCCAACGAAGAUUUCUAAGUGGAGCUUCCAGGUACAGCUGGAAGGCGAGGGGACCUAUGAGUGUUCGGCUACAGGUCUGGUGUUUGAAGUGUCGGAGCAGGCUCUGGUCCGCUACUCGGUCCUGUCCUGGUUCCAAUUCUCUGAGUUCCUUCAAGACUCCUGGAGACCUGCUGGAUCAGUUUAUGAUGUGGAUGUGGUCAACAAGGAUUCUUCUGUGCUCAAGUUUAUCCAUUUCCCCCACUCUCUGUGCCUUGCUGAACCUAUGCGUGAUCUGAGCUUCAGUGUUCUGCACGUAAAGGAACGCCAUGCAGACAUUGAGUCGACGGUGGGCUUCACGGCCAGCCAUGUUAAAUGGCGCGUGUCCUCGCUGUCUCUCCUGGGUCCCAUUCAAAGUAGCUUUUGGAGCAUUUAUCUAUGGAUGGUGGAGCACCACGCGAUGGUGCUGAUUUACAAGGAGCAGAACAAAAAAGACCCCAUCUUCCAAGUGUAUUUGGGCUUGAACAGCGAUUCUGAGAUCAAGGCUAUUGAAGAACAGAUGAACAAAUACAGGAAGAAAUGCAUCAGGAUUUACAAACCGGCCAACUGUACGCUGGUGUCAAGGAAGUACUACCACCUCAAAAGCGAGCCAGAAGGGAAAAUUGAACCUUCGAAAAUAAUAUUCACCACAGAAGUGUUAGCGGAGAAGGUCUUCUCUGAAGCACACUUCGGUGAGCAUCCUCCUGUCAGAUUGUUUCUAAUGGCCUCUGCGGAAGAAAACAUAAGAAACUGUCUUCCUUUGUGGUCUGCUACAAUCACAGAAGUUGAUUGGAAUGACGAGGCAUUUUCUUCGGGGACGUUCCGGAGGGCCAACAUCAGACAGAGAGCUGCUGCAGAAGGGACAUCUGAUCUCCGAUCUUCACCUAGCCUCUCUCUGGAGCAUAGGCUAGGUGCCUGCUCCAUAUCUGGUGCCCCGCCCAGCAGCACAAGAUCCAGCACUCCAGCUACCUCCAGUGAAUCACAGCCUGCAGGCCAAGCAACAUCCAGCACCACAUCCAGCCCUCCAGCUCCCUCCAGGGCAACACAGGCUGCAGGACAUCCAACAUCCAGCACCACAUCCAGCCCUCCAGCUCCCUCCAGGGCAACACAGGCUGCAGGACAUCCAACAUCCAGCACCACAUCCAGCCCUCCAGCUCCCUCCAGGGCAACACAGGCUGCAGGACAUCCAACAUCCAGCACCACAUCCAGGCCUCCAGCUCCCUCCAGGGCAACACAGGCUGCAGGACAUCCAACAUCCAGCACCACAUCCAGGCCUCCAGCUCCCUCCAGGGCAACACAGGCUGCAGGACAUCCAACAUCCAGCACCACAUCCAGGCCUCCAGCUCCCUCCAGGGCAACACAGGCAGAAGGUGAGUUGAGGGAGCUUCGAAGGAUCCGUUCUGAAUUUGUGCAGAGAGUUUCAAUCCCAGUUAUCAAAGGUCUUCUGGAUGACCUUUGGCAGCAGGAAUUGUUGAGUACUGAGGACAAGGACUUUGUGAUGGAGAAGGGGAAGAUCAAAACGGACAUGGCACGGUGUCUGAUCGACAUGGUUAUCGGGAAAGGGGAGAAGGCAAGUAAGGAAAUGAUCGAUAGCAUGAAGAAGAGGGACAAUCCCUUAUGCAUCACCCUGGGUCUGAUCUCUUCUCCUACUGCUAGUGGGGCUCAGUUCUAACUUUGAGUGUAUUUUUAAAGAAAAUUAUUACUGUCGACUUUGUACAUAAUUGUUCAACACAUGUGUAGAAUAGGACCUCCUGCCUGUGCUAGUACAUUUACAUACAUAUAUACCUAUACAUACAUACAAAUAUAAAGUGUACUAAGCUUUUCCUAUAUCCAGACAUAGGAGGUUGGCAGGUUGGCUUGUAAACAGAAGGUUGCUAGUUCGAUCCCUUUUCUGUGUCCCUGAGAAACACCUAACCCUAGCUGCUCCUGAUGAGCUGAUGGAACAUUGCAUGGUUAACUCCGCCGUGUGUAUGAAUGGCUGUAAGUCACUUUGGAUGAACGCGUCUGCUAAAUUCCCAAAAUGUAAAUAUGGAUAGGAUUUUUUUUACAUAUUGUUAGUUAUUUUUGUAUGGUCGUGAUUCCAGACUUGGUAAAAGAAGUUGACAUUGUGCCAAAGAAAGUAUUUGUUUUUGCUUAUCUAGACGUUUUUGAUAAUCCACAAUGAUUAGCACAAUCUUUAAUAAUUCUCCCCAAUUGGCAGCUAGCAUUGGGCCAUAUCGUAUUUAUAUAUAUACAUAUAUAUAUAUUAGUGCUGUCAGGCGAUUAAUCGCAUUAAUGUCAUAGUUAACUCACCAUUAAUCGUGAUUAAUCGCGAUUAAUAACAAUUCUUUUUUCUAUGCUAAAUAUCCCUUGAUUUCUUUGUCCCAUUAAUUUUUCUCAUUUUAUUGCUCUUAUCAACAUGGAGAAGUGCAUCGGCUUGCCCUUUGCAAAUGUUUUUUAUUGAUAACAACAUUGGCAUAUACUGAUCAAAACAGGACGAUACAAAAAAAAAAGCCUAUAGUGCAAUUAAACGAGGAACAUACAAAGAUACUGCCUUGAACAUAGCAGUCAGGCUACUGCUUCUUUGUUUUGAGCCUAAAAAAUAAAAAGAUAAAAUAAAAGAAUUGCGUUAAUCGCGCGAUAAAAAAAUUAACACCGUUAAAAUCGGUUGGCGUUAACGCCGUUAAUAAUGCGUUUAACUGACAGCACUAAUAUAUAUAUAUAUAUAUAUAUAUAUAUAUAUAUACACAGUGAAUGUUAACAUGGAUGUAACCAAAAUCCACCUCUCAGGGUUUUGACGGUCACAUUAUCCUGACCCAGGAAAGUUCAGACGUCUGUUUGGGGCAAAAUAAAAAUGGUUUAUGGAGAA